UCCAAUAAAUUAUCAGAUCAUUUAGAUGUUUUGUUGCUUGGAUGAGAAACAAUCAGUUAAUGUAUUUUUUUACAUAUAAACUAACUGGUUUGGUAUUUAAAUGUUUUGUUGUGUAGAUGAGAAUCAGAUUAAAUUUGUGAAACUGAAGCUGCAUUCAGGAACAUAAACAUUCAGAGUCCAGUCAUAAUGAAAGUGAAAGCCUGUUCUCCUUCUGGCCAGCAGAGGGCGCGGUGGCCUCCUGCAUAUAAAUCUGUUCUCCUUUUGGCCAGCAGAGGGCGCGGUGGCCUCCUACUUAUAAAGGCGGCCAUCAGAAGGGGGCGUUUCUGCUUCAUCUGGGCUGUGGGGGAUUCAUGUGUUGAGCUCAUUUUCUGCUUCAGACUCAGAGUCAGGAGCACAAAGGAGACGCUGCUGCGCCAUCCAUCUGUCCAUCCAUCCGUUCAUCCAACCAUCCAUCCAUCCGUUCAUCCAACCAUCCAUCCAACCAUCCAGCAGGAUGGACGGCUGCCUUCAGCUCCUCUCAGUCGUGCUGCUGAUGUCAUCGUGGUGCGUUCAGGGCCUCCGGGUCAGCCUGUCACCCAGGCGGCCUCUGCUCCGGCUCGGCUCCCACCAGCACAUGGUCUGCCAGGUCCACGGCUGUCCCACAGAACCGAGCAUUUCCUGGGCCACCGUCAACGACCGGCCUCUGGGGGCGUCCGUCAGCGCCAACAGAACCCACUCCACUCUGACCUUUGACCCCGUUAAGAUGGAAGACGAAGGGCAGCUGGCGUGUAAGGCCAGGUGUGGAGAUGAUCGGGUGGAGAGCCGAGCCUCCGUCAGCGUUUACUCGUUCCCAUCGGACCCCGAGAUUGCCGGGCAGGACCGCCUCAGUGACCGCGUGGAGGCGACCCUCACCUGCCGGGUGCCCAGCCUGUUCCCGGCCGGGGACCUGAACCUCACCUGGGUCCGAGGAGACACGGUUCUGAAGAGCACCAGGGGCUCUGGGUCCAGCUCCAUCCAGUUCCUGCCCCUCAGGGAGGAUUCAGGAGAAAACAUCACCUGCCGGGCGACGCUGGAGCUGCCGGGUCUGCCGCCGGGCCAGAGGACCAGAGAGACCACCGCCACCCUGAAUGUCCGCUACGCUCCGGGCCUCAUGAACAUCUCCGACCCGGUGGCGCUGAUGUCUGGCUCUCCGCUGACUCUCAGCUGUUCUGCUGAGGGAAACCCCGAGCCGACCAUCACCUGGACGGCAGGCGGUCGCCGUCUGCCCGGAGGUCGCGGAGGUCAGCUCGUCCUAUCGGCGGUGAAGCUUUCCGACGCCGGACGGUACGAGUGUGAAGCCAGAAACUCAGAAGGAAACCAAACUGCAGCUGUAAACGUCACAGUUUUAGCUCCGCCCACUAGCACCUCCCUCUCAGUGGAGCCAGGUGAGGAGGUGGUGGAGGGCCAGCAGGUGAAUUUCACCUGCAGCUCUGUGGGAGCUCCGCCUCCCAGCCUGGUUCUGAGGAGAAAAGGGGAGGAGCUUCUGAGGACUGACUCCACCCCCCUGCUCAGCUUCAGCCUUCCCUCCGCGUCACUGGAAGACUCCGCCCACUACGAGUGUGAAGCCUCCAACCAGUAUGGCUCCCAGCAGGAGUCCAGGUCCAUCACUGUGAGCGCUCACCCGCUGCAACUCUACUCCAGUCCUCAGGUGUCAGCGGAGCGCGGCUCGGCUCUGAUCCUCACCUGCAACGCCUCUGGCUGCCUCCAUCCGCCCACCUUCAGCUGGAGGAGGACGGACCGGAACCGGACCCUCCUCCAGAGGACGAAGCCGCAGGACGGCCAGUCCCACCUCCACCUGCUGAACCUUGACCUCCGGCACCAGGGAGGCUACAGCUGUGAGGCCGAGUGCGACUCGGUCACCAGGACCAGAGAAAUCCACGUCCAGGUUUACUCGUUCCCAUCUGACCCAGUUCUGGAGGAUCCCGGUCCGGUCCAGCUGGGCCAGCAGGUCCAGCUGCGCUGUGAUGUCACCGACAUCUUCUCGGCCAAUCAGCUGCGGUUCCGCUGGCUGUCGGGGAACCGGACCGUCAUGGCGGAGACGCACAGGUUCUCCGGCUCCCUGCAGAACGUGUCGUCCGUCCUGCAGCUGAGGGCGGAGGAGGCGGCGCGGGUCGUGACCUGCAGCGUGGAGCUGCUGACGGCGGACCGAGGCGUCUGGAGGUCCAGAGGAACCAGCGUCCCGCUGCAGAUCCACUAUCCUCCCAGGUCGACCGUUCUGUCCGUCUGUCCAGGUGAGGAGGUGCUGGAGGGCCAGCAGGUGACGCUGACCUGCCGCUCGGACGGAGCUCCGCCCCCCGCCGUGGUGCUGAGGCGGAAUGGGGAGGAGCUUCUGAGGAGCGACGCCAACUCCUCUUCCUCGCUCUCCCUCCGCAUCUCCUCCACCCUUCUGGAGGAGUCGGGCCUCUACCAGUGUGAAGCCUCCAACCAGUAUGGCUCCCAGUUGGUCUCCAACUUCAUCACUGUCAAAGCUCCCCCAAGGAACACUACCGUCCACAUCUUUCCUUCUACGGAAGUCCAAGAGGGCCAAAAUGUGACGGUGUGCUGCCAAAGCAUCAGCUUCCCUCCACCGGCGGUGAUCCUGAAGAAGCUGAGCAACGGGACGGAGCUGUUCUCCACCAGCGGCAUCUUCCAGUUGGUCAACGUCACUUCCAGCGACUCGGGCUUGUACCAGGUCAACGUCAGCAACGACCUGGGCUCCGAGGUCAGAGUCUUCAGCAUCAGAGUCAGAGAGGUCAGAACGGGAUUUCCUCCCGGUUUGAGCAUCAUCCUCGUCUCGGCCGCCGGCGUCGCCGCCGGGCUGACGGCCUCCGCUCUGAUCCUCGACUACAUGAGGAGAUCCAGGAAGAAAGGCUUCUACCAGCUGCCGCAGUCCGCGCCGCCGUCAGCGUGAAGCCAGCAGUGAGCUAACAGACUCUAAAACUUGGCUGCUUCUCCUUCGGGACAUCCUGAUUCCUGGUGUCUGACAGCAGCAGGAAUCAGGAGGCGGGGCUUUGAUCCGACAGAUGGCUGGCUGAAGAUGUGAGGAGGCGAUCUCUGACGCUUUUCUGAUUUCCUGCAUAACGCCGUCAUGUGGCUGAAGCUAAUCGCCCUUGGAUUCAAGCUUUCUCCAGAGCUCCUGCUUUUCCCAGCAUGCUUUGCUCCAGCGCUGGAGUUUCUGUUUUUAGUCACAUUGAAAUGUUUGGGAUAAUCAAAGUUAACAUAGAUAAGAAGAGAAAACUGUUUGGUAAGUUUAUUUAUUAAGGUCAACAGAUCAGCCUGGAUUUUUGUUAAAAAGUGUUUAACUCUGUAAAAUCAAAAGUCAUUUGAGUAAAUAUCAUCUGUUAGCUAAGACGUUAGCUGUGCAGGCCUGGAAGCUCUAAUCAUUAGCCUAGUGCCUCUGAUGCUAACGCGCUACACCAGCCUGGUGUUUAGAAGCUAAAGCUAAAGCUAACAGACCGGAUGUGAAAGCCUGAAACGCGUCGCUGCCUUUUCUACCUCAUCUUCCUUUGCACUUGUCACGAGCCCAGCGGUCACCAUGGAAACGUAAAUACUUGUUGCACAUCUGGAAAGGCAGCUGUUGAUGCUCCAGAUCAUGUUUCAGCUGUUUGGUACCGAUGCAGCUCCUGGUUCUGCUGACUCAGCUCCUCUCCUUGUUUUUAAUAGAUAUUUAUUUCCUGUCUCUUCCUCUGACUCUCGAUGCGACUUCAUCCUCUGGCGUCUUGGGGUUCGUACUUCCUGGGAACUUCCUGGGAUUUUCCCUCAGCUUUUACUUUUGCAGUUUUCUGGAAACGUGCAGAUUGUUUCCUGCGGGUUGUUUCCUGCGGUUGCCGUGGUGCCGGGGGAAAACAGCUUUUUGCUCUGGUUAUUAUUUGAUGACACAAUAAAAACUUCAUCUCUGGAUGAGCAGCAGUGGUUGGGCAGCAGUGGUUCUGCAGCAGUGGUUCUGAGUGCAGCCUGGACCCGGGUUGGUUCGGAUCCAGAUGGUUUCAAAGGAGCCGUUUUGUCUCCGCCGCUGAUUGCCAUGGAAACUGGGCUGCGAGGCGGGAAGUGGACCGGGACCGGUUCGGCUCAGACAGACGCGCCGCGGCGGUCCGUUUCGUCACCGGACCGCUGACCCCUCCGGUCGUGUGAUGCCGUCUGCAUGGCAACCAGGCCGGGCGGCGAGAAAGGAGGAGGAGCUGCAGGAGAGGCUUCAUGUUUCUGGACCGGAACCAGGACGCGCCGUGCGGUACCAGCAGAACUAUAAACAUGAGACAUAAAACAAUGAAUUGAAAACAUCAGUUUUUGUAAUUUUCUGCAGACGCUUUGAUCGCCUCGUUAUUUGUGUUUUAUCAGUUUCUACCUGUGAUGUUUGGUUUGUUGAUAUAAAUGUCUAUAAAUGAACUGCAAACAUCUGCUUGAAUCACUUUUUUACCCCGAUUUAAAUUUAUUCCUGCUUCUGAUCAUCCAAACUAAAAUUUUCUGUAUUUUUCUGUC